UUGACUUUUACGAAAACCGUGGGGUUUUCCCCACUUUCCUGCGGAGAAGCUCCGCACCGCGUCCGACGGUCUGCUCUCUAGCGAUGCUCAAACGAUGGUUAGAAAUUCCAUCGUCAACGAUGGGACGAAUUUUCUUAUAAAAGGAUGCCCUCUGGCUUCCCCAAGAUCAAAAUCAUCCCACUCAACAACACUCAAAUCCAAUCAACACUUUCAACCCUUCGGUUCUAAACCUCAUCAACAACAAAUCAUGCAGUUCAAGACUCUCAUCGUUGCCCUCGUUGCACCCGCUGUCCUGGCCCUCGCUGCCAGUGCCAACCCUGUCCCAGCCAACGCUGUGGCCGCUGCCUCCGAGAUCAACAGCGCUGACUCCCUCGUGAACCUUGAGAGGAGAAGGUGUCCCCGCAAGACCUGCGACCCCAACAACGUUGCCAACAAACUCUGCUUUGGCAAGAAGAACUGCGGUGAGGACGGUCCCUGCGUCUCCUGCUGCCUCGCUUUCUGCAUUUAGAUCUCUGUCCAACUACACAUGGAUUUGGAAAAAUAGUCAGAUUUACAGAUAGUCAUAUAUUGUUUAUAAAUAUUAAUAUGUUGAAUGUUUUGCUCGUCCAA